AUGGAUUUAACUACUGCAUGCACUUUACUAAAAGAAUAUCCAUUCGAUGAUAAUUUUUAUUUAACAAUUAUUAGUGAACAAUUCUCACCUGAUACAACAGACGAUAUUUCAGCUGGCUAUUGGGAACUUUAUGGCUUUGAAUCCAUUGACAAACGAAUACUUCGUUGGGCUGGUUAUAGCUAUGAUAUUUUUCUUAGCGAGUUUUUUUCUACAAAAACAGCUCAAGCUGGUCUUAUGAAAAUGUCUGCUUAUACUUUACAUGGUUAUCAUGAGCAAAAUAAACAUAGAAAUAAUCAUAAACCACAAUUUUCAACAUUAGUUAAUCAUUUUCGAAUGUUAAAUCAACAUGAAAUAGAAAUGUUUAAUCAUUUAAAACCGACAUCAGAUUUUGUUAUGUCAACGUUUGCAAUCGAAGUUCGAUAUUAUUUACGAGAAUUACAACUGGAGGUGUAA